GGCGGCGCCGACAGCGAGUCCUGUUCAACAUGAACAGGAACUGCUGUUGGGCAUUGUGCCCAUUCUUUCCGUACCCAUUUCGGGCGUCCAGACAGGCCGACCUGGACCUGCUUCUUCAAGUUCUCGGGGCCUGCGUGCCAGGAGUAGCCCUGACGGAGGCGGCCCUGCCCCGCGGGAUCGGGGGAGCGCCUCGCGCACCUUCGAGGGCGGACGCGCGGGCCGCGCCCGUGCAGGCGGGCCCUGGGGAACCUCCGCGCCCUCGCUCGUGGCCCCCGCGGAGCCCUCGGCCUGCGGGGCCGGCGCCGCCGCCGCCGCGCGCUUGGCGGCGGUGUCGCCCCGCUCGGCCUUGCCCUCGGCCUCCUCCUCGAAGUACUGCUGCCACGUCGUGCGGAAGACCAUGCGCGACUGGAUGGUGAUGGCAAGGAGCGUGCAUGUGAGCGUCAUGCUUAUGACCACGCUAGGGAGCACGCGAUUGAGGAAUACGCCGAUAUGUAGGUGCCGCCCAACGAAGCCGGUAUGACGAGCCGGCAGAUAUUGAAAUCGACGAGGCUCGCCUUCUUCUGGUCCUCCGUGCUGAACGACUUGCGGAGGUUCAGGAAGAGCGAGGCUAUGGACCCAGUGAAAACAAUACCCUUGGAGAGUGGGACUGCGUCGGAUAUGUCGAGGCCGCCCGCGACCAUCAAGACGGUCACGUAGACGCCGCCGCCGCCGAUGCCGCCAGCCGAGCAGAGGAUCCCGGCGAGGAAGAGGAGAGCGUGACCGCGCACACCCACACAUGAGGGCCCCGCAGCUGGAAGCCCUCGAAGUGCCACAUCGGGUGAGGGGUCUUCGGCGGGGGGCCUCGGAGUCGUGGAACUGGAACUCCAGAACCCUCGGCUUCUGUGGGGCCUGCGGCGGGAACUGGCGGCCGCGGACCUCGUCGCUGGCGCGGGCCGCCUCGGGCUCAGCGGAUCGCAGGCCUGUAGACGACUCCGAGGUGAAGAGCCGUGCGCUGAUGCCCUCUGCCCGCAGGGGGGCAAGCGCAACAACGGCCAGGCUGCACAACGACCACAUUCUCAUGGGUGAGCAGCUUCGGCACAGCCGCGUACUGCUCAAGACUGAAUACUUAUUCAAGAUGAUAAACGGCAAUAAGAUAAUCGACUAUAUUCCCAUGGAGGGUCAGCCAAGCAGGGCCGGCUGGUGAGUCGAAUAUGCAUGCGGUCGUGAGUGGAAAUAAGAAUCUCGAG